UUAUCUGGGACCCUUGGUUCAGUCUGCUCUGGACAACCCUGAUGGCUUCGCCGGCGAGCUGCGAUCUGCUUUGGAUGUUCAAACCUGGAGGCUGUGCUUGCAAGAUGCAGAGUGGAUCAGGAACCAGGUGGUGGCGCCAGUAACGGAGGAGCUGGUGUUCAGAGGAGCCAUGCUGCCUAUGUUGGUGCCCUGCACUGGAACCACAGCUGCUAUUUUUAUCGCUCCUCUCUUCUUUGGUGUUGAGCAGCUGCAGCUGGGAAAGGACAGAGUGAGUGCCAUCUUCCUGGAGUCAGGAGUGCAGUUUUUGUACACAACUGUUUUUGGUGUCUUUGCUGCCUUUUUAUUCACGAGAACUGGUCAUAUCCUGGGUCCAAUUUUAUGCCAUUCCUUCUGCAACAGCCAGGGUCUCCCUGACAUUGGUUCUGCUCUCAGCCACCCUCAGCGUUCAGCUGUGCUCUUCUGUUAUCUGAGCGGACUCCUGCUGUUUCUGGUGCUGCUCUUUCCUUUGACAGACCCUUUCCUCUAUGAAGCCAGACAUGUCUGCAGCCUGGCUGCCUCUCAAACAUUGGAAUGCUGAAUAGAAGAAUAUCCAAUAAACUACAAGUCAUUGAAGAUGA